CGGAAGGGCUCCGGCCCCACGGAGGUGACAGGGAGAAACAAGAACCUUGGGCGAAGCCAAUAUUUCAGGGAAAUGCGGACCUCAGGCCUCAGAAGCAGAGUGCAGCUUGUGUGACCUGCAUGUCUCCAAGGCAGUGGAAGCAUGAAAAGCACCCUCCCCCCAGCCUCUGCACAGGCCUUUGCAGGAAGAAUCGCUGAAUGGCUGACAUUUGACAACAUGCACCACCAGUGGCUUCUGUUGGCCGCAUGCUUUUGGGUGAUUUUCAUGUUCAUGGUGGCCAGCAAAUUCAUCACGUUGACCUUUAAAGACCCGGAUGCCUACAGCACCAAACAGGAGUUCCUGUUCCUGACAGCCGAACCGGAUUCCGGGAAGUUACGGGGAGAGAAGCAGUUUCCCGAGGAACUGAAGCCGACUGGGAAGAUGCUUUCGGACAGCCAGCCACUUCAGCCCCUGGUCUAUAUGGAGCGCCUGGAGCUCAUCCGAAACGUCUGCAGGGAUGAGGCCCUGAGGAACCUCUCCCACACUGCGGUGUCCAAGUUCGUCCUGGACCGAAUCUUUGUCUGUGACAAGCACAAGAUCCUUUUCUGCCAGACUCCCAAAGUGGGCAACACGCAGUGGAAGAAAGUGCUCAUCGUGUUAAAUGGAGCCUUUCCUUCCAUCGAAGACAUCCCUGAAAACGUGGUUCACGACCACGAAAAGAACGGCCUCCCUCGGCUCUCCUCCUUCAGUGAUGCAGAAAUUCAGAAGCGUUUGAAAACCUACUUCAAGUUUUUCAUUGUAAGAGAUCCCUUCGAAAGACUGAUAUCCGCUUUUAAGGAUAAGUUCGUUCACAAUCCCCGCUUUGAACCUUGGUACCGGCAUGAGAUUGCUCCUGGCAUCAUCAGGAAAUACAGGAGGAACCGGACGGAGACCCGGGGCAUCCAGUUUGAAGACUUUGUGCGCUACCUGGGCGAUCCCAACCACAGAUGGCUGGAUCUGCAGUUCGGGGACCACAUCAUUCACUGGGUGACAUACGCAGAACUGUGCGCGCCCUGCGAGAUUGCGUACAGUGUGAUUGGCCACCACGAGACCCUGGAGGACGACGCCCCGUACAUCUUAAAAGAGGCGGGCAUAGACCACCUGGUGUCGUACCCCACCAUCCCUCCGGGCAUCACUGUGUACAAUAAGACCAAGGUGGAGCACUACUUCCUGGGCAUCAGCAAACGAGACAUCCGACGCCUGUACGCCCGGUUCGAAGGGGACUUUAAGCUCUUUGGGUAUCAGAAGCCAGAUUUUUUGCUAAACUAAUGUGUAGAACUGUGAAUCCAGAUGCGUGUGUAGACCAGAGGCUAAGCAGGUGGAGAGCCGAACACAGGAACAGCACUUCCUCCAUCACGCUCCUGAAGACGUGUGGUCACCCACAGGCCCCCACACACCUCGGCCGAUGAAGCUGCACCCCGACCACUAUGGCUAACUUUGAACGUCAGGUGCCCGGAGGGCCUUUGUCCCCCACCCCUACCAAUGCCAGGAGAUCUUUGCUCCCCUUAGAAGGGAAAAGGACUCAGACCAGGAGGACAAGCUGUACAGAGGGUCAUUUCCCUUCGCUGUCGAGGAGGGGAGGGGAGGGGAGGGUCCUGCCUGCCACUGGGGGACUGCAGGGUUGGCACCCAGCACUUUACCCAAGAAGCUAGUGGUGAGCAGAGAUGGCAGGGCUAACCCAGGACCACGUCUGUGUAAUAAAAUAGCCCUGGCUCUCAUCUUGGCGCUGCUGUAACCACAGGGGUCAACCAUUCCUUCCACCACUGUCUUGCUCCUGGGAGACAGGGGUGACCCACGGGCACCUUCUGGCAGUCCGUCCCUCCAGAAUGCAUGUCUGUGUGCCACUCGGCCAUAUUUCUGAUCCUCUCCUUGCCAAGUGAUUAUCUCAUUCAGCCUAAGAGGUACAAUUUUGGAAAGUGAGGGAGGGAGUGUAUGUUCUUCCUACCUGAGAAAGCAGAUGUCUUUGGGGGCCUUAAAGGGAACCAGGCCCUGGAAAAGGAAGAGCUGGUGGGUCCGGAGCUCAGGCUGCUGUGGGCGGGGUUUGGCCCGGCGUCCUGAGUGCCCUCCCUCUUAUCUUCCCACCUGGACGGGUGGGCGGGGGUUCUCCUCCUGCAGUCCUACAGUCAGUGCGUCACAGGUUCAGGUUCAGUCUCACUCGGGGCCCGUUUCUGUUAGUGCCGCUGCCCGGGACUCUGAGUUGGAUAGUGAGGUUCACCAGCAAUAAAAUCCCUGGCCGAGGCAGCCGCCAGUAUUGCAUCUUCCCGCACUGAGGAGUGAGCCACGGCCACGCCCGAUGCCAGACCCGAGGGCCCCUGCGAUGCCCACCGGCUCCCUGUGUAGUGCCCGAGCCCAGCUUUUCUUUGGGCAGCCUCCACCAUGCCUCCCUCGGAGGGCCGGCGUCUGCGCGGGUGACAGUAAAUAAAGAGAAGCUGUCCAAACCCGGCACAGGGUCCCAGCGGCCUGGGGCAGUGAGGGCCUG